CUACAUUCAUUUCUGUUCCUCAACAGCGGGAAAGAGAGCUGCCUAUCUGCGCUGCGAUAAAGAAUGGGAGUUUUGUGAGGAGAAACGGGAACAUCGUUCGGGGUCAAGUUCGCUGAGACGCCUACACUUCUAACAGAUACUAACGGAACAACAACUUCAAGCCAGCGUAACUGUCAGAUCUCUGAGGUAAAAUGUACCGUGUCCAGUUCACUCUUCAUGUUUGAUGAAAGCUCAUACCUGCCGCUGGGACCUUCUGGUAAUCGGAGUAUCGGACAGAGAAUAAAUCACGGAUAAGGUUGGCAUUGAAUGGGUCGUAAGAGCGUUUUCCUGAACUUGUCUGGAUGGGAUGCACCGUGAGUUUCAUUUGUUGUGAAGACGACUUUCUGCAGAUGCCUUUGGAUCAACAUGUGGAGAAGAAGAAGAAAGAGGAAAAGAGACUCUUAUCUAAGCCUGAAGAGUUUGAAGCUGUCCACUCCCACACCUUCCGAUUAAAGACAUUCAAGAAGGGGAAGCACUGCUGCGUGUGCAAGCAGACUGUAAACAAUGAGGGACUCAUCUGCAGAGUUUGCCGGUUAGCCUGCCACAGAAAGUGCGAGGUUAAGGUAUCAUCCUCCUGUGUUCCUGUUACCAACUAUGAACUGGCUCCCAGCAAUGACAUCGCUCUGAAGCAUGUAGAGACAACAGGCUCAACCAAAUCCUCCAAGAGCAUGGAGUCUCGACGUGGACCGUCCAGGAGCUUGAGUUUGAUCCAGGCCAUGGAGGAGAACUAUGAGGUGGACUUGGUCUACAUCACAGAACGGAUCAUCUCUGUUUCCUUCCCCAGUACAGUAGAGGAACAAAGCUACAAUGCAAACAUAAAGGAGGUGGCCACCAUGCUACGCUCCAAACAUGGAGACAACUACUUGCUCUUUAACCUCAGUGAAAAGCGAUAUGAUAUCUCCAAGCUGAAUCCCAAAGUUCUGGAUUUUGGCUGGCCAGACCAUCACGCUCCAGCCCUGGAUAAGAUCUGCAGUAUCUGCAAAGCCAUGGACACAUGGAUGAGUGCUGACAGUCACAAUGUGGUAGUCCUGCACAAUAAGGGAAACCGAGGGCGAACAGGGGUGGUUGUGGCCGCGUACAUGCACUACAGCAACAUAUCAGCGAGUGCGGAUCAGGCUCUGGACAGGUUUGCCAUGAAGAGGUUUUAUGAAGAUAAAGUGCUUCCUGUGGGUCAACCCUCCCAGAGAAGGUAUGUACAGUACUUCAGUGGUCUGCUGUCCGGCCACAUCAAAAUCAACAACAAGCCCCUGUUUCUGCACCAUGUCAUUAUGCAUGGGAUCCCCAACUUUGAGUCCAAAGGAGGUUGCCGCCCUUUCCUGAAGAUCUACCAGGCCAUGCAGCCCGUCUACACAUCUGGAAUCUAUAAUGUCCAGGGAGACAGUCAAACCAGUAUCUGCAUCACCAUUGAACCUGGACUGCUGCUUAAGGGAGACAUACUGCUCAAGUGUUAUCACAAACGGUUCCGGAACCCGUCCCGUGAUGUCAUAUUCCGAGUCCAGUUUCACACCUGUGCUGUUCAUGACCUGGGCAUUGUCUUCGGCAAAGAUGAGCUCGAUGAAACCUUUAAAGAUGACAGAUUUCCUGAAUAUGGGAAGGUGGAAUUUGUCUUUUCUUUUGGCCCAGAAAAAAUCCAGGAUGUAUCUGUCAUAGGAAUGGACCACCUUGAAAAUGGACCCAGCGUUUCUGUGGACUACAACACCCAGGACCCUCUGAUUCGCUGGGAUUCGUACGAGACCUUCAACCAGCGUUGUGAAGACUCCAUGGAAGAUGUAAUUCACACACAAGGUCCAUUGGAUGGUAGUCUCUAUGCUAAGGUUCGGAAGAAAGAGUCUCUGGACGGAGGAGUUACAACCAAUGGUCUCCCAGCCCCUGUUGAUCACUCUUUACCCGCUGUAGACCACACCCUACCCUCUGUCGACCAUGCCUUAUCUGUAAGUAGUGACUCGGGUAACUCAACUGCUUCCAUCAAGACCGACCGCACAGAUGAAGUCAGCCAGCAGCCGGCCUUGGUGAGUCAGCCAUCAUCCCAGCCCCUCAGCCCAGAGGAAAAACAAGAGCUGGAACAGUUGCUUAGUGGAUUGGAAGCCCCCAUGCACCGGACAGGUUACCCGAGUAGCUCUGGCAGUGGAGGAGGAGGUGGAGUCUUACACCUCGUCCCUGCCCAGGUCCACGUCAAUGGCCAUAACAGCAUAGACAGAGAGACUGACAUCCUUGAUGAUGACCUCCCCAUCAGUCAAGAGGGGAACAGUGUGGACAGUCUUGGAACGUUGUCGUCUUUCGAGGGCCGAGCAACUCCGGCGGACUUGUACUGUCAGUCCGAGACGGUCAUUAAUGGGCAAGAUAUUCCCUACUUAGAGAAGAGUGCUUACGUGCCCAAAGUUCUCAGCUCUGCUUCUAUCCAGGAUCACUUAGGUGCCUCUAGCAGCUACGCCAACCAGAACGGCAGCAUCUACCGAUCACAGUCAUUUGGGGCAACUCCUAGCACUGAGCAGAAGUUCAUGCCCAAAGCUCCCACACGCACCACCAGCAGUAGGGAAGCAGUACAGCGAGGAUUGAAUGUUUGGCAGCAAUAUGGUGUCCCAGAAGUUCCAGUUACAGAAGGGGUCAACUUCAGUCCUGUACUGCAAACAACACACAGCCUACCUGAGUUUCCUCACAUGGCAUCUCAGCAAGAGAUUGAGCAAUCUAUUGAAGCCCUCAACAUGCUGAUGUUGGACCUUGACCCAGCACUUACCCAAGUGCACAAAUCCCACAGUGCACCAUCUGGAGAACAUAGUGUGGUCACCACUCAACCAUCUUUCUCUCAAACCCAGGCACGGCCAUCCUACCAGGCAGAUGCAGCUAUUAAUGACCGAGGAGGAGCCUCUUCCACAGGCUGUCCUCUAGUCUAUCAGCAGAUCUCGUCUGUAGCCCCAGAGCCUCCACAACCAACCAUCAACCAGCAGAGACCCACGGCUAUAUCCCAGCAUGGUGCAUUGCCGUCUGAGGCUGAAGGUCAGGCCCCUGCUACUAUGCCCCAGUCCAUAGUGCCUUCCUCCACCUUUGGAGUUCUACAGCUGAAACCCCUAAACAUCUACCCCUCCAGUAUCAACUCACAGUCCCCAGAGCCACAGCAGAGUCAGCAUAGCUACUCUGCCUCCUCAUCGCCUCUGCCCAAAGAUGCUGAACCAGAAGAUGCCAACUACAAACUGGAGGGUCUGGUAGCUCACCGUGUAGCUGGAGUUCAGUCUGGUGAAAUUUCACCACAUGAGGCCUCAGCUCCUGGAUGGCGCCGGACCACCAGCGAGAGCCUGUCCCAAGACGAGAGCCCAACUCGAGGAGGCUCGGUCCGCUCCCCCAUUCGAUGCAUCUCACCUGAGCUGGCCAAUACAAUCGCUCUAAAUCCUGGGGGGCGGCCCAAGGAGAGACAUAUGCACAGUUACAGAGAAGCGUUUGAGGAACUGGAUGGGGGUCCCAUCAGCCCCACUCCGACCGUCGGUGGUGAGGCCCUACCCCAAACCCCUGCCUUCCCUGUCUCGCCACAAACCCCUUACUUCAACAUAAGUCGAUCUCCUCCGGGAUUGACGAAAACUCCUCUGUCCUUCCUUGGCCUGAAGCCCCACAACCCUGCUGAGAUACUUCUGAACCAGACGGGCUCAGAGCCUCGUAGCUAUGUGGAGUCAGUCGCUAAAGCUGCAUCAGUGGCAGGAGGACAGCCAGUUUUGCCCGUGUCCCCAGCAUAUGACAGCGACAGCUUAGCUCCCCCUGCUGGACCACCUCACACCCUCAACACUCCUCUUCCCUCCAGCAGCCCCAUACAUGGCCUGGAUGCAGUUGAAAGCACGCUGGCUGAUAGUGGCGUGGGGAUGAAUUAUUUGUCUCAGGCUGCUGCAGACUCUGUUUUUCACUCCCAGCCCUCUGAAAGCAUAUACCGAAUGCCCACACACUCCUACCCAACAUCUAGCAGCAUGUUGGGUAGCUACAUCACUCCCGAUCUUAGUCCCUCCCUGCCAGAAACCGUACAAAACAAUGCCACGACAACCAUCCAGCCAAUCACUGGGAGCCCUGGCACAAGACACCACAAUGUCCUGCCCGAUGUGGCGUCCAGUCCUGGCAUUCAGCACAAAAUAGCCAAUCAAGAGAGCCCUAUUCUGGUCCGACAGCCAAUCCCAUCUAACGGUCACCCUCCAGGGCUGUCUGGUAGUCCCAUGCAUGGGAGACACACUAUGGUGUCUCAAGGAACACAGAGCAGUCCGAUGCUGUCCAGACAAUACCAAGGCACUCACAGUAGUCCAAUUCUCAGCCGACAGCCAAUAGGACAACAAGCUGUCCAAAGCAGUCCAGUCCUCAACCGUCAACCGUCCUUGAAUCAACCGGUCAUUCUGCCCAAUCAAAGCAGCCUGGUUUUGAGUAGACAACCGUCCGUUACCCAGCCCAAUCAGGGCAGCCCCAUCCUGAGCAGGCACUCCUCCUUAACACAUCCAAGUCAGGGCAGCCCAGUUCUGGGACGGCACCCAUCGAUAACACAGGUGACACCAGGAAGCCCCAGUCUGGACAGGCACCCGAUGUACAGUGGCUACACCACUCCAGAUGAAAGGCACGGAGCCCUGUCGCGCCAGAGCAGCUCCUCCGGGUAUCAACCACCCUCCACACCAUCUUUCCCUGUUUCUCCGGCCGGAUACAUAGAUGAAGUGGGCUUCAGACAGGGCAGUCCUGCCCUCCAACCUCAGCUUCCAGAGAAGAGACGCAUGUCUGGCGGCGAAUGCUCCAAUGGUGGUGGCCUGUCCUACGGAACGCUCAAUGGGAAGAUGUCCUCGCCGAUGUCCAGUGGCGGUAGCACUCCAAGCGUCCAUUUCUUUAACACCCUCCCUGAUUUCUCUAAACUCAACAUGUGCGACGGAAGUCCUGAGACCAGGAUGAAUGUAAAGUUUGUGCAGGACACGUCCAAAUUCUGGUAUAAACCAGAUAUCUCCAGAGAUCAAGCGAUCAGUAUGCUGAAAGAUCGAGAGCCUGGAGCCUUUGUCAUUCGGGACAGUCACUCUUUCAGGGGUGCCUACGGCUUGGCCAUGAAAGUUGUCUCACCACCUCCAACUGUGCAGCCUACAAAGAAAGCUGGAGAUGUCACUAAUGAGUUGGUGAGACAUUUCCUGAUUGAGACCAGUCCGAAGGGGGUGAGACUGAAGGGCUGCCCUAACGAGCCCUACUUCGGCUGCCUGUCUGCACUAGUCUACCAGCACUCGAUCACUCCACUGGCUCUACCCUGCAAACUUGUCAUACCAACCAGAGAUCCUCUGGAAGAGUCACCUGAGAUUGCAACGCCAACUAACCCGGCAGCAGAGAUGCUUAAACAGGGUGCAGGGCAGAAGAGUUCUACCGACUCCCACGCUUGUAAUGUGCUGUACAUAAACUCUGUGGAUAUGGAGUCUCUAACCGGCCCUCAGGCCAUUGCCAAGGCCAUCUCAGAAACCAUGGCGACCAGCCCAGCACCCACAGCAACAAUUGUUCAUUUCAAGGUGUCGGCACAAGGCAUCACACUCACUGACAACCAGAGAAAGGUUUUCUUCAGACGUCAUUAUCCAAUCAACACGGUCACAUUCUGUGACAUUGAUCCGCAGGGGAGAAAGUGGAGCAAACCAGAGGGUGGGACUGCAAAGUUCUUUGGCUUUGUGGCCCGAAAGCAAGGCAGCACGACAGACAACGUCAGUCACCUCUUCGCUGAGAUGGAUCCUGAUCAACCUGCCACGGCCAUCGUUAACUUCAUCUCUAAAGUUAUGAUCAACUCUCAGAAGCGGUGAACUCUUCACGCAUGCGACGCUGCUUUCUGGAGGACUUUCUUUCUGUUCUGUUUGAAUUUUUCUGUUUUGAUUUAUUUCCGAUUGUGUGUUUGGGUGAGUGGCUGUCUGUACGUGCAGGUGUGAAUGUGUGAUGGAGGGUUAUUCGCAAGAGGGACCGAGGACGUGCAGUGUGGGCGUAGAGGAGUGACAUACAGAGGGGAGGUGGGCUUCAUCUCGUGUUGAGGGGAUUGUGGAAAUGAUGUCAGUGAAUUUGUUUCUGUUUUUUUAAGAAAAAAGGAAAAGGAAAAAGGAAAAAAAAAAAGAAGAAGAAGAAGGUUAUAGAGGAGGCAGUGUACCAAAGAUGAGAGAGCAGUCAGUCGUUAUUCAAGGUAUUGCUUCGGCCAAACUGUACAUACGAACUGAUACUUACUACUUUCCCUUAUUUAAAUGGCUCCUAUUUUCUCAUGCUGGUAGUUCUCGACCGUUUAGUGCUCUCUGGAUAAAUUAAAAACAUUUUGGGGAUUAUAAAGGUCCCUCACACAUAACUAAAUAGACCUGAUUUAAAAAAGGAAAAACUGAGGACAUGUAAAACUACGAGAGCAGCGGUCCUUUGGUCAUUCUCAGCUUUUAGACCUAGUUCCUGGUCUCCACCUGCUAGUUUCCUGUCUCAAUGCAGCCUUGUACUAUAUCUAUUGUCCACUGCUACGCUCUCUUCUCUUCAGGUCAGUGCGUGUAUUAUUCUUUAUCUGGCAAAAAAAGUGACUCUAUCACUGUAUGUCUCUAUGCCUCGAUUAAACAUAGUCACACUAUCAUUCUAGCCCAAAGUAAGCUAAGUAUAUGUAUAAAAAAAUAAUUAAAAAAAAACAUUUCAAAAAGUGAUUUUAAAAGAAUAUUUAUUGUAUUAUUAUGUUUUUGCUACUUUUUUGCUCUCAUGUUAACUCAUUAACCCAUAGAUAUGUUGUAUAGACUACAUAAACAUUAGCCAUUGAAAAGAAAUACUCUUUAUUUUGGCUAAUAUUUCAAAAUCACAGGAUUUUGAGAAGCAUUCUAUUAUAUAUGGUGUAAAGUGUAUGUAUUUUGGAAAGCUUGUCAUUAUCGGAUAUUUUCUCACGUUGUUUUUCUUCAACUUUAAAUAGAAAGUAGAAUUCACUGUCGUUUAAGAGGCUUUGUGUAAAGAAAAGUAAGGAAACAUGUCUUUAUUUUUGUAUUAUUAUUAUUUUUGUGUCCUUUCCCUCCCAGUAUUCAGUCCUUGCGGAAACCCACCCGCAUUUUUGGCGCGCAUUCUCUUGCAGCGGAUCUCUCAGGCAGAGUUCAGUAUUUUGAUUUAUACUCCCAUCGUGAGGCGCUGUCAGGUAUUGCAAGCCAUAUUGUCAUCUAUGCAUCCUCUCCAAUUCUCUUUGUCAGUAUCAAAGCUCUUCCUUGUGAAACUUAGAUAAAAAAAAAAAAAAAAAAAAAAAAACAAUAAUGAUAAUGCAGUGUUUUAACUGUGAUUUGACAAAGUGCCCAGCGAUUAUUUUGUUUGAUGAACAGAAUGUCCGUGCAACCCUGCAAACUGUUUGACACAUAACCCAUGUCUUCAGGCAUCAAAAAAAGAGUCUUGCUUAUGUAAAUACUUCAUUUUUUUGCCAAAGAUUUUAUUUCACUUGUUUAUGCCUUAGUUUGAGAAUUGAUCACUGUCUUGUUGGUAUGUGAACGACGGCUUGUUGUUUUUGGCAUGGGGGUCUAUUUUGAUCCAAUGCAGAUACUGUAUAACGUAUUUAGACUGUGUUUGGUUGCCAUGAUACCAUUUAUUUAGCCUUAAGAAAUAUUACAAAAGAAUGCAAAGCACUUAAUGAGCAGGAGCUGAAAAAAUAACAGAACAUUAAAUAAAGAAAACUGCUUCAGUUAUCCUAACAGUAUGAUUAGGUCCAGAUGGAAUCUGUGGACUUUUUUUUUUUUCACAUCUUCUGCACAGAUUUUAACAGAAAAUCAGUGAAAUUCUGUGGAAUGGAAUUAAAAAUGUAAAAUGUGUUAAAUGUAGGGUUCCCACCAAAUUUUUGAUGGUCAGGCCUGGAAACUUUAAGGGGGAAAAAAUCUAUAAAAUAAAAGUCAGAAAAUUAUGACAAUUUCUUUUAAAGUUAGGCUCAGCUUUAAAAAUAUCAUCAGCUAGAAAUUGUCUGUUUUUUUUUUGUUUUUUGUAAAACAUACAGUAAUCAUGAAUGCAUUGAAAGUCAUGAAAAUGUACUGGUCAAAAUAUGUUGGAUCCUUACACUCUUAUUGUUAGCUGAAAGCUUUAUGAAAUUAAACAAACACAUUCAAAAUGAGAAUGCAAGGAGCAGAGUAUUUUUUAUAUUUUAUGGCCACAUCCCCAUUAAUUCAUUUUUGCUUGAAAACUUCGUUUUCGGUUUUCUAACAUCAAUGGAGAGCAUUUUCGGUGAAGUAAAACACUGAUCCAGUGUGGAUGAGAUGCAUAAAUGUUGCAAAAUCAAUGCGUUUUCAAACAAAAACGUAUUAGUGUGGAUGUAGCCAAUGAGCGAUUUUCCGUGGAAUUCUGCAGAUGUAGAUUCUGUGUGGGCCUCAGUAUGAGUAAUUAUGCACACUAGAAUUAGCUUGCUUUGCUUGCCUUCUGGGCAUUUUAUUUGGUGCAUAGGCUUAGAUUAACAAAUCACAUACUAGUUGUUUUCCAAACCACACAUAAAUGAUGUGUGCCACAUUAUGUGGAACAUUUUGGCAGUCAGAGAGAGAGAGAUCUUCCACCAAAAUCAGCUUCCCACUUCUCCAUGUAUUAGUCAGCGGUGUUGUAUUAUUAUAUUUUUACGUUCAUUUGAUAACAGACUUAGAAUGUGUGAAUGAGCUACUAUUACUGUACAGAACCACGUCUUUAUAUUUGCUUUCAUGUUUUGCAGCCUCAUUGUAUUAUUUUGUGUUGGCAAAAAAUAUACAUUAAAGAGUGAUCCAAAUCAGUUACAUUAAAAAAAAGUACACGUUACUAGAAAAA